UGAGUUUCCGCGUGGUCGUGUCGUGGCGUGUAAACUUCAAACAGUACUGAUCGCAAUAGUGCGCGUUUAAAAUUCGUAAUUUACCAGUCGGUGAUGAACAAAAUGUUCAACACACGAGAUGAUAACAAGUGUUCUCGUAAUUAUACAUUUCCCACAACAAAACUUCGUAACGUAUUUUGUACAUAUUGCAAACACCAGUUUUUUUUACGAGAAUUUGUACCUUUACGUGGCUUAGUUCCUUUGUUGUUGGAUUGUGGGCAUGUAAUAUGCGAUAGAUGUGCAAAAUUAUCUAUUCCUAAACCUUGUCCUUUAUGCAAUGUUAUUUCACAAUCUGAAGAUAACAAAAAGAUAUCCUUACCUUUAAACAUGUAUGCCCUUGGACUAAUGGUCAUAUCGCAUAAUCGACCAGUUGAUACAGAUGAUUCUGAAAUUUCUUUUUCUAAAUCAAUCCCUUCCAAAUUGAAAGAGCAAUCUGAGAAAGGUCUAUGUCAUGAAUGUGGACUUCAAGCAGUACUAAAGUGCCCACAAUGUAUUGCGUUAUAUUGCUAUAUCUGUUAUGGGAAGAUCCAUGGUAAGGCAUUACAGAGCCAUUCAAAAAUCAUGCUAUCAGAAGGCAUACAUGAUAGUUCUUUCACAGUAGAAAAUACUUGUUCAAAUCAGUGUACGGAACCCUUAGGAUAUUAUUGUGAAAACUGUGAAAUUGCUGGAUGCUCCCAUUGUAUGUUACACUUGCACAAGAAACAUAAUUACAAAACAUUGUUAGCAAAGAACGAGGAAUUCCUUCCAGAAUACUACAGUGUGGUUAAACGUGUUACGGAGAAUCUGCAAAGGAUUCAUCAGUCGCAAAAGGUAUGUACUUUUCCAACAUAAGCAUAGAAAUGAGGCAUUUAUUUAAUGUGCGAAGUGGUAAGUGAUAGAUGAAAUAUAAUCGAAUAACUUGCAUGCUUUGGAAUGAAUAUAUGGUGUAUUUAAAAUUAGCGAUUUAUCAGAAUCAGAUGUAUUUAGAGAAAUUACAAUUGAAUGUAUCAGAUACCGUUUCUGUAUUAACUGUAUCAGAUUUGUAAAUGAUAGUAAUAUUAAAUCGCUUAAAAUUAAAUAUUUCGGAA